UUACGAAGUUUCUUUUCUUACACGCGCACGUAUUAGUUCUUUUAUUUGUUGUUUUCUCUCUUCCUCUACGUAGUUGGAUCCCUUCUGUAAACGUCCCGAAUCUCGCCGGCACGUGAUCUGCCGUCGGUACAACCGCUCAUCGGCACAACCGCUGGUCGCCGAUCUCCUGAUCACGUGCUCGCUUUUUCGUUGCGUUUAUCUGUUUCGUGAAAUUUUACAUUUCCGUCAGUUUCUGUAAUUGUCCCUUGCUUUGACUCCAGUUCCUCGCUCGAUCAUGAGGAAACCUCGAUCACCAGAUCUGAAGGUUUGAUCUGAAUCCAGAGCUCUAUUCUUGGUUUGGAUUUUGGAAAGGGAAUUGAAAUUCGAGUUUUGGUAAUGGCUACGAGGAAUCGGACUCUGAUAUUCAGGAGGUACAGGGAUGCGUUGAAAAGCGUUCGUGCCCCCACGAGCUCGUAUGCGUCACAGACGUCGACGAGCUCAGGUGGAGGUCCGGUGAUCGAGCUGGUGAGUACUUCGCUUUUGAAUCCUAAUCGAUCUUAUGCUGCUCUCAGCACUGAGGAUCCUGGAAAUGCUAGUAGAGGUGCACUUACAGUGGGUUUACCACCGGCUUGGGUGGAUGUGUCUGAGGAUAUAGCUGCAACUGUACAACGUAUACGAACAAAAAUGGUGGAUUUGGGGAAGGUUCAUGCAAAGGCGUUAAUGCCUUCAUUUGGCGAUGGUAAAGAAGAUCAACGGAAGAUUGAGUCUCUCACUCUAGAGAUAACUGAUUUAUUGAGGAAAUCAGAGAAGAGAUUACAGAAACUCUCUGCUUCUGGAGCCUCGGAGGAUUCAAAUAUCAGAAAAAAUGUGCAGAUGAAUCUAAAUGGUGUUAGAUCUAAAGUUGAAGAUGAUGAUCUGGAUGACCUGGUAUUUAAUGAGCAUCAGAUGGCCAGGAUAAAAAAGAAUGAGGCAUUCACCGUGGAGAGGGAAAAAGAGAUCCAACAGGUUGUGGAAUCAGUAAAUGAGCUCGCCCAGAUUAUGAAGGAUCUCUCGGUGCUAGUGAUAGAUCAGGGAACCAUAGUUGAUAGGAUAGACUACAAUGUCCAGAAUGUUGCAAGCACAGUUGAGGAGGGACUUAAACAGCUGCAGAAGGCAGAGAGAACACAAAAGCAAGGGGGAAUGGUGAUGUGUGCUUCUGUGCUUGUUAUUAUGUGCUUUAUCAUGUUGGUUCUCCUAAUCCUCAAGGAGAUUUUCUUGUGACCGCUUUAUGAAGGUUGUCAAUACCUUCCCUUCAACUUUUAACACGUUUCGAGAAUGGUUAGAUAGCCCACAGAGUUCAUGAAUUAACCUGAUUACAUAUUACCAGAUCGACUCCGUAUUUUUGUUCUUUCUAAUACUUUUGGGAGGAUUUGGGUUUUGGGGGGAUGAUUGGAUUGCCGUGGGACAUUAUGUACAGAGCCUGACGAUCUUUUUAAUUUUUUUUCCCUUUAAAUUACACAGGGGUUUGUAAUUUCCCAAGGUGAGAUGAGGCAUAUUAUUUGUUUGUAUCAAUUUUUUCAUGUAAUAAAGUGAAAUACAUCAUAUUUCCAUUUAGUCUUUGAGCAAUUGUUCUGUA